UGUCAAGCAAGUGUCAUUUCGUUUCUCUCAGAAUUUGUAAAAAAACAAUGAACGAGGCGAUUUGUUUUGUAAAUGUCUGCAAUCGAAUUAAUUUAGCUUCAGAUUCAAGCAACUAUUUAUAACAUAGUACUUUACUACAGAGUGUGUGAACAUUUAUCAAUCGAUCUCACUGAGAUUUUGAACCAUAGCAAAGUCAUUCAAAACAUGCAAUGAUUUCCCAACAUAAAAUCGGGUGUUUUGAAUAAUGGAUGAUAGAAAAAGGCGAAGAGGCAUGUAUGUUACAGCGAGGCAGAAGAAGAAGCUUGUAGAAUUAGUGACUAAGCACCCAGAGUUGAUCGCGUGUAAAGUAACGCAAGACUUUAACUAUACUGAUUCACAAAAACUCUGGCAGAGCAUUGCAAGCGAGUGCAACAACAUCCCUGGACCUGGUGCUAGGAAAACUUGGCGACAGUGGAGAAAAACUUGGCAAGACCUCCGGUCAAAAACUAAGAAACGUCAGGCUGAGAUCAACGGUGAAGUCCCUUCAUCAGUAGUGAUGCUCACUCCAGCGGAACAAGAAGCCUUAGGCUUGAAGAAUGUGUCUUCCACCACUAACUACCAGGAAACCACAGAAUUCGUGCCUAUUAUAGACCCAGACAUGUCACAAGAGUACAACAAUGAAUUGGACUCAGUUCAUUCAUACAGUGAACCAGAAUCUCCGCCAGAAGCUAAAGUAUUCGAACACAAAGAGCCUAAAGUGAAAAGUUGCAGCUCCAAACAAAAUGACAAACAUGGAAAUAACUGUUUCUUCAAUUGUGAUUUGCUUGCUUCUUCUGAACAAAGAAAAAUGCAAUUAAAAGAAGACUAUAUUAGCUUUAAGAAAGACUAUCUUAGGCAGAAAUUAAAGCUAAUUAAGGAGCAGACAGAAGCUCUCAAAAGUAUUGCUAGGGAACUCUCCAAAUGAUUAAUAGUGAUCUGAAUUUUGUAAUUUGCAAAUUGAUUCAAUCCACUGCAAAUGCUAAGGGUUGUUGUAAAAAGUUGAAAUUUUACUACAAAAUAAUGCACAAGUUUAUGCUAUAUUUUUCUUUUAUACAGUAAUGUUACAACAUAUCAGCUGAUUUGUUAAUGUUAUUGUGAUCAGUGAUUUAAUAAUUUGAUGAAAUUCCAUACUUUUGUAUGUAUCUGAUUGAGACAUCAAAUUUUUGGAUCACUGUUUAUGAAGGAAGGUCUGACAAUAUUACCCCACUUGUACAAUAAGGUAUGUGUUUGGUACAAUGUAUUUAUUAUUAUUAAGAUAUUAUGUUAAGUAAUGGAAAAUAGAAAUGUAUUUUAAUUUUGUUAUAAAAUGAACUUCAAAUGCCUGAAAUAUUUAUGGUGCAAUAAAAUUUUCAUGUAGGCUUAUGUAUUACAAUACUACAUUUUUUAAUUUUCUUUUUUAUUUAAAAAUACAUAAAAUGAAUUGUUUACUUUGUGGUAACAAUGUUAUCUCUAUAAUAUUAUUUUUAUGCCUGUUCCUAUAUUUCAAAUUCAGCAAUGUUAGGCUUAUUUUAUGACCUAGACACUGAGUAGGUACUAAAUGCUAUGAACUUUCUUUACUUUCUUCUUGCCUAGACAGUUCAAUCAUGAUUUUAUAUUAUGUAUAACAUUUUCAUAAUAUUCAGGAUGGAAAGCGGCAUGUGCUCGCGUCUCAAAAUAAUAUUGUUAUUAUACUAGGAUUUAAUAUAAUAAAGU